CCAGAAAAACUUGGAAAACACAAACAGAGGCAGGCUGGGCUCGGCUCCGCACGCUGCGCACCUCCUGCUGGGAUAUUAACACAAAAUAGUCCUGUAAAUAAAUAAAUAAAUAGAGCGGGGAGGGGGGAACUCGCAAGUGUGAUUGGUUGCUGCUGAGGAGAGAAGGCUCGUUUCAUGGCUGUCCUCCCUGCAGGCUCCUCCUCUUUUCAUCUUCUUCUGCUUCAUCUUCUUUCCAUAGAGGAACAUAAGGAAAAAGGGCAACGUUGUUGCAGUGAUCGGGAAAUGGGAACACUUGGAUCAUAUGCCCCCAGCCAGGAAGCCGAGCUGAGCCCCCACUACUUGCAGGGACCCUGAAUAUAUUGCCUGUCAUCAUUCAUUCACUGACUGGGACAUUCGGACUUUGUGCGUUUAUCCCGGGAUACCGUCCUCCCUUGGCUCAUUGGUGAACAUCGAUAUCGAUCUGAUAUUGUGCAGGAACGAUCGGGCAUUGCUGCUGCUUCUGUAUUUGCUGUGCAUCUGCCAAGUGCUUGUUAAAGGGCUAUGGCUCGGCCAACUACCCAGCUGGCUGCCAGCGAGAAGCUACAGGGGCAACAGCUGCAUCCUACGCCUCCCCUUGGGGCCCCCGGGCCCGGGAUGGUCAGCCUAAAGAGCCUCCUGCAAGGGCCCAUAAAGGGUACGGAUCGCAGAACUAGAGAGCUUUCUAACUGUAUAAUGAAAGAAAAGGAGAGGAAACUAGAAGAUGACAUGACUGGUCCUCGUCCCGCUCACUGUGCGUUCCUGGGGUCCCUACUGUGGGAACGCACAUUGCCAUAUAAUGAAAUAGAGUAUGUGGACCUGGAUGAGUUCCUACGAGAGAAUGGCCUUCCUCCAAGCCCACCUCACCAGCCCUUCUCACCAGCGAAUCUGACGCCACCUCCAUCUAACCAAUCAGUGGUUGAUCUCAGCCGACCGGCCUCCUGCGCCUCUUCUACCUCCGCCUGUUCUUCUCCUGUGCAAAGCAUGAUUGACAGUGAAUAUGAACAUCCAAGCAGCCAAGCAGGUCAGAUGACUCCGGGGUCCAGAGACAGCCCAAGCCCUGCGAACUCAGAGUCUUUAGAAGUCAUUUCGAACUUUGAUCUAGAUCCCACCGAUCUCGCUUUGUCAAGUGUGCCUGGACAUGAGACCUUUGACCCCAGAAAGCAUCGAUUUUCUGAAGAAGAGCUAAAACCGCAGCCAAUUAUGAAAAAAGCAAGAAAGAUUCAAGUGCCGGAGGAACAAAAGGAUGAAAAAUAUUGGAACAGAAGGUACAAAAACAAUGAGGCUGCCAAGCGCUCUCGUGACGCUCGCCGGCUCAAGGAGAACCAGAUCACAGUGCGGGCUGCCUUCUUGGAGAAAGAGAAUUCAGUGUUGCGUCAAGAGGUGGCCAAAAUCCGCCAAGAACUCUCCCGUUACCGAAACAUCCUCUCCAAAUACGAGUCCCAGCAUGGAGCCUUGUAAAGAUGUGAGUUAUUGUGUAGCUGUACCACGUGGUUGCACGAACUAACACAACUUCACAAGAAUCUUCCCCCACCAUCCCAUACUUUGUUUCCCCCAAGAGUUGCCCUUUUUUCACUGACAAUUUAAGAAUAUACAGAGGGCAUGAGGGACAUGUGGAAAGCAACUGACAAUUAGCACUUUGCUCUGCUUUACUUCCUCCGAAUUUCAUCAUUCCGUCAGGACUUCCUGUUUUCCAAGGAAGAGGGUGCUUCGUUGACUAAUUUGCUACAUGGGGUAUCACCAGCAACUUGAAGAAAAGAGAACAUUUAACAGAAAAUUAGGAAGCCGAGAGCUGAUUCUGCCAUAUUGUACACAGGCACUAACCAAUACACCAGCGAGCACGUCAAGGUUCUUUACCUGGUAUCAAAUAUUCCUUGCACACAACUCUCUGGUAGCAUUUUGUUUCUUUAGAUUUCUCUUUUAGUGUUUUUGUUUUGAGGACGAAAGUGCUGAGGGUACAGCCCAAUGGUACAGACACCUAAUCAUUGUUUGAAAAAAAAGAAAAGAAAAACAGAAAUAUAUAUAUAUAUAUAUAUAUCUUUUGAUAAUUUAAAAGAGAGAUUCUGUAAUUUGAAAUUAAUCAACCUUAUAAGGCAUUCAUUGAAGUGUUUGGAUAAACAGGUCGGGGGUGGGGUGUAAGCAUUUGCUAAUGUUGUAUUUAUAUUUUUUAUGUCAUAUAGGCCAGAAUCUAUACCUCUUUCUUAAGGAAACCCAAAACAUCCCCAAGGGGCUUGGUUGCAACCUACAACAUUUAAUUGGUUAGUCUAUUUUAUAAGCAUUAACCAAGUGAUUUGUCACCCUUUCCUGAGCCUGAAGCAACUGUUACAGUUCUAUUUUAAAUUUGCAAAUGGCGCUCCCCUUAUACAGAGCAAUAUGAAAUAGAGGAAUGAAAUAUCUUUUCUUAUGGUUUUUGACUGAGCAAGGAUGGCUUAGAAAUAAUCCACUGAGAGAGCAAAGGUUUACAACUAGAUGGAGAGCUUUCAUUCAUUAAGAAGAAACUUGAUUAGUGUUCUUUGGUUCCUAAGGUCACAAUGUACAACUGGAUUGCACCAUCUCCUGGAUACCCUCAUUAUCUUUUCGCUAGAUGUUCUUAGAUAUGAACUGCAUAUUUAUCUUCUAACAAGCAUUUUUACUGCCACAGUUCUUUCAAGGAGAACUGUUGGGCCAACAUACUCUGCAGCCUGCCCUUUUUCAUUUGAAAGAUAAAUAUUUUGUCUUUGGCUGGUAGGGAACAUUCUAGAUUAUUCACUUAGGUAGAUAUUAAAUGAGUACUAAACACUGCCCACAUGUCUUUCAAAACUUAAUACCACAAGAUAUUUGCAGUUCUCCACAAGAAGAACUACACACGUGGGUGCUGAAUUGCACAGGUGGGGUUGCCAGUAGCAUGUUUGUAUAUCAGCCCCAUUGUGUUGGGUCCAUUGGAAUGUAUUACAGCAGAUGUAUAACCUUUGCCACCUCACCCCCUUUAAAAUCAUCUACAUAUGAAACUGACAUCCUUAAGAAGCAAAGUUUUGCUUCUAACCUUCCUUUGUUGCCCAUUAUUCAAUCGGGCCCAUAAUGACAAAGAUAUUAGUAUGUCCCCCUACUGAAGUAUCCAUGGCAGCAAAUCAGAACACAUCAUUAAUCUAACCCCCAGGCUGGGCUCCUAUCCUUUACUCUGAGCCCUAUGAAGAUUACUAACCUCUCAGUUUGGGAUUUAGAUUUAUGUUACAGAUUCCACUGGUUGUGCAGCUGUUCAAUAUGGAUCUAAAAUAAUUGCUAAUUAGCCAUUCAACAUAGGAGUUUCAUGUGGGGGUGAGGUGGCAAUUCUAGGUCGACCGUAUAGGUAUUUAUGGGAAUGGAAGCUGAAUUUAUAAGUAGAAGAUAAGCUCUUAUACAUAUGGUGAAAUUGGAAGGAACCUCUUACGUGUGGCGGGGGGGGGGAUAUUACUGUGCAGAUUUAUUCAUUCUGCACAUACACAGUUGCCACUCAAUGGGGCUUAUGUAUGUGUUACUUUGUAAACAUGCAGGGUAUACAGAAUUGUAAAGUAUGAUUCCAUUUUUAUAUUCCAAAGCAGGUUAUAGAAUAUCCACUUCAGAAAAUUAAAGGUGUAUGUAUAUAAAUUGUGAAUUGCUUAAUGGAGUAUGCACUUUGGAAUAAUCAAUGCUCAGCAGCUCAUUCGCUCCAGCUUGCCUAAUACAGCGACAGCGGUAGGGCUACAGUUAGAGCAUUAUAUAUAUAAAUAUAUAUCCCCUCUACUGCUACUGAGAUGCUAAAAACAAUCCUUAAUGCAUUGUAACAGCCCCUCUGGGGCAGUAGCUGGGGUAAUAUUAUCUGAGACUGGAAAAUUACGGGUUUUAGGGCUGCUCAGAAUAUGUGGUUUCAAUUUUACAUUAUUUUUAACAUUUCUGAAUUGUACAGGGCCUUCAAAUUUAGACUUAUCCCUGUCUGAGAAGCAAGAUGCAGAGCAGUUAUAUUGUGGGGGAUUUGUACCCACAUCUGGCAGGUAUUAGCUUCACCAGCCGGUAGACAGAGAAUGCCACUAGAUCAAGUCAUGUUAGCCUUGGGUACAUAUCCUUAUUAAACAGUGAAUAUGAUAACAUAAGCACCAAUACCAGGUUCUGUAAUGAAUUGUGUGGUUAUUGACAAUAGUGUCAUUAAGUAAAGACUUUGGCAUUAGUUUAUUUUAUGGCAUAGAUGAACAUUUUAGAUCCACUUUUCAGCGAACUUCACUUUUGUGAACCCCCAACCCCUGUGUGCUUGCUGAAAGGAGAACUAUGAUGUAGCUAUUUCUUUAACUCUCAUCUCCUGUGUACUCUAAAGAGAAUAUAUAUUUCUAUACGUUUGCAAGGUGCCUUGUGUCCCUGGUGCUAGUGCCGAAGCUCUACAGAUGGAGGUGCCAGCAUCUGACUUUCCCAAGAGGUAGUGUAGCAGCUAAAGGUAUUUGUUGCAUGCACCCCUAUUUGUGGCUUAGUGGAUUCCAGUUAGGAAAUAAAUAGCCCCUGGAGCCUUGACAUGUCCAGUUAGUUGCUGCUUCUACGUUUUCUUCAAAUCAGACAAUUUACUGAAAAUUGAAGGUCUUGUGCAGAGUGGUAUUUUUAGCAAGUUUGGUCUGAGCCAGGCAGUCUCAUCUGGCACUGCCACCUCGCCCAUGUAAAACUGGGCACAUAUAGGGGAAUAUUUAUUAUAAUGUGUAAGCCAAUUUAACUGGUGAUCAGAUUAGAUCUUUGCUUUUGUUUUCUAACUUGUAAGUAACCAUUUAAAUCUAAGUGCUGAUUGGUUGCUAUAGGCAACAUCACUGGUGAGGUUGGCUUACUCACUAUAGUAAAUAUGCCCCAAAAAAAUCCACGUCUUGAAUAGCUAGAGUUUCAUCCAGAUGCAGUCUUUACUGGUUUCAGUGCAGCCAUGCAGAAUGCAUAUACAUUAGGUAUUGCAUUAAGCCAUUAUAGGUUUUAGGUAGCCAAUCAAAUGCAAUGUGAUUGGAUCAUAUUGCAUUGAAACCAUAUGCAAUGACAUCAUGUGAUGGUGUCAUGUCUGCGCAUCCAUGUAGUUUAUUGGCAGAUCUUGUUUUAUUCUACUAUCUAAUAGGUCACUCUGUUUCUCUCUCAUCUGGUACCUAAAAUGUGGCCUGCAAUGAAAGUUGUGUAUGGCUGUACUUCUUGCACUAACUGAAAUGGCAAAUGAGGAAGAAUACGGUCUGUGAUUUUAACCUUUUACAGCCAAGAAUCUAUAGCUUAGGCUUUUUAUUUUGUAUAAUUUAAAUGGCCCAUUGUCUUAAUCAUGUUUCUAUCUGUAUAGAUCUGUCACCCUACAGAGAAACCUGUUUUGCAUGUAGCACUUUAAUGCAGUUGGACUCACUGAACACUAACAGGUUACACUAAAUGCACUUUUUAAUAUGUAUUUGGCCACAAGGUGUCACUUGACACAGUCAUUUAAUCACCACUGGACAAAUUUACCAUGUUUUCACUAUUUAAACCGGGAGUCGCUUUCAAUGAAUAAUCAUUAUGAGCAUGGAAUCCCUGUUUCAAACCAGAUAUUUUAGCAUUAUUUCACACAUUGAUUAGCAUUGCUGCCUUGCUUUGCUGGGGUCCUAGGUUCAAUUCCAGGCAAGGCACUGUUUGCAAGGAGUUUGUAUAUCCUCCCCAUGGGUUUCAGCAUACAGGCUGGUUAAUUGGCUCAUAAUAAAUCUGCCCAUAGUGUGUGUGUGAAUGUGAUAGGGACCUUAGAUUGUAAGUGCCUCUGGGUCAAGGACUGAUGUGAAAGAUGGAUAAUCUCUGCAAAGAACUGCAGAAUAGGUUGGCACUAUAUAAAUAAAGGAUAAAAUAACUCUUUAACUGCAGGGCAAAAGGCAAGUGUAAUUUUAUUUUUGUGUAAGGGGUGCAGGUCAGUGAUCUGCCACAACUGAUACUCAUGGGUGCCUUAAUGCAUCAUAUAUGGGCAGAAAGCCAAGGCUAAAAUGCAGUCACCUGCAUCUCCCUGAGAUCCCAUUCACUUGAAUACAGAGAAAGUUGGGAGGUGCAGGUGUAAGCACAGUGUGGGACUGGGCCUCCUAGGGCCCACUAAGAGCUUGAUAUUGAGGACCCACUCUCAUGAUAAUUAGAUGUAGACCGUGCUAAGUGUGAUUGGUGUCAUAUAGAACUAUGGUGCAGUUAAGAAGGGGCUAAUGGUAGUUGUCCUUGGCUGGGAGAUCCUUUGGUACUACAGCAGCCUAGUCUGACCCUGUAUGAGAGCCCAAAAACAUUCACAGCUGUCCUGCCUGUCUCUUCACAUUAAAGUGUCUCCUGUGUAUAAGUCUUAAGUAAUGUGGCAAAAGGUUCAGCCACUUUAGCAUUAAAAUGAAGGUGGAGAUAGUAACAGCUGGAGUGCUGCAGGUUGGCCAUGAGACCCUCUCAGCAUUCUGUUAUCAAAAUAUGUCCAAAUAAAGCCACCCACCAAAAACUUCCAGACCGACUAUUCCAUUAGCCCCAUGCCUUCGGUAACACAAAAAAGAAGAGGUGACCCCAGCUGACAGGGACGGCUGAUAGGAAAACUCAUACAAAUCAAUGUCCAACCUACAACCCUCCAGCUUUUGUUGAGUUGCAAUUCAGCAACGGCAAGAGGUCCCCCGAAUGUCUAAUUUUUGUUGCUAGCAGUUUCCCUAUGCCCAAACUCUAAAAACUGGUAGAGGAUGCUUUCAGCACCUACUUGACAUUCAGUAAACUUUACAUGAAGGUAUAACUUGGCAUUUAAACAUAGGUGCAAAUUUGCUCCAGUGCAGUAUCACAUAGCAACCAGUAUAGCUGCACUGCAGCCUCCUUAGUCUCAUUCUGCCACUACUCAGUAUUCUGUUAUCUUGCCCGGCUUGUAAUGUUGGAUCAGGCAAUACUUUGCAGCAGAAAUAGACAACCUAUUGUAGAACUACAAUACCCAAAAGCCCUCUGCUAGAUAGGCUGGUGGGAAAUGCUAGGAACUGAAUGAAUGUGUUAUGGUAUCUCUAAAUAUAUAUGUUUUUCUCCUUUUUUUUCCAAAAGCUGCCAAAAUAUGGUUAUAUUCAGCACAAGAAAAUAUAUAUGUAGAGAAAAAGAAAAUAUAUAUUAUAUAGUAUAGAAAGAUAUAUAAAUAUAUUUAUUUUAUGGUCCAGAACUUAUAUUUGUAAGCAAUAAAGGUUACACCUAGAUCUUGUUACUCUUGCUAUUGCUUAGAGUUGGCAGUAGGGCCUGAUUUCCAGGGGCCUGUUUUUACUCUGCCAAAGGAAAGUUUUUUUCCCUGGAAAAGUCUCAAGUUUAUGGGACUGACCAGCUGGCCAGAUUUAGUUAUUUAAAGGGGGUGCUUAAAAACUGAACUGGAAUACUUGUGCCCAACUGCCGGCAUGCAAAUAAUUCAAAUGACUUGCUGGCCUGAGAGGAUGGUGGCAACUCUGUGUCCUCAUUUGGCUGGCAUGUAAGUUUAUCUUUACCUGUCUAUGGUAAAAUAUGUUGCAUGGAACUCUUCAGCGCAGGCUUUUAUUCUUUAUUUAUUGUGUGGUGUGUAUUCUGAAAUCCUAAGCAGUCAGAAAUAUGCUUAGAACACAUUAUUACCCGCAGCCCUCAACUAGUAGUGAUCUAGAACCACUGACACCACAGGGAGAACUCUGUCUAUAUGCUGUACAACUUUUAACAUGUAGCGGGAUGAUUAUUUUAUUACAUAGUGUGUUUAAGGGCCAGAUUCAAUUAAACUGAUGAUGUCAUACAAAAUCAGGGGUAGGUUGGACUCCUGUACCUUAGACAAUCAUGAAAUGACCCGGUGAAGAAGUAUGGCUAACUAGUAGCUGCCAUUGGCUUAAAAGCACCAGUCCUACCUGUAUCUGAGGAGUUUGUGAGGGUGCUGGGAGAUGUUGUUCCACAGAAAGUGCCAAGUCAAAGCCUGGAUAUUGCUGAUUGACUUCAGAAAAAGUAACCUUAACCCUUAAACUACUGUCUGUGAUAUCACAAUACAGUAACAACAUCAGUCAGGAGACAAUACAAAAUAGGUUACUGCAGUCUUAUUGGGUUUCACUUGAUUUAUGCAACAUUCCAUCUUGUUAUACACGGGUGCUGAUGAGAAAACAUAGGGACAUAACUAAAGACCAGUGGGCCCCGGUGCUAGGUUUGGGGCAGGGCCUGCUCUUAAGGAAAACUUUGCAUUAUACCCGUCACCAGUUGCCAUUGGUUUCCUUGUCUCCUACUUCUACCUAUAUCCUCUGUCCCCUGAGCAUAGGAUUGUGAAUUAGCCAUGGGUUUGGCUUCUCUGCCAGACAAUCUAUUGGUUUGGGUGCAUGGGCCCCUCUAGGGAUCCUGUUUAAUCUUCCCAACACCCUCUCAACCCCUGUAUAGGGGAAACAGUAUCUACUGCAAUAAUUAAAAGUGGGAUUUGGAGGUUCUGCUCUGAUGGGAGGGGUGUGGUGGGAUUGAGAUUGCUAAACUGUAAUUUGUGGUAUGUUUCCAUAUAAAUAUGACAAUCACUACAAACCCUUUGGUUUCAGAAAGGUCUUUUACCUGUUACAAAGGCCAUGUAGUUCCACAAGGACAAAGAAAAUAUAAAAUAGAUAUAAUAGUUUUUUUUGGAAAGAGAAUUAAUAUAUUUUGCAAGUUUUGCACUCAGUGGCACUUUGGGUGGGCGGUAUCAGCUCAGCUUAUCUAGAAAUGUUCUAUUUUUGUACAGAAGGAAAGUUGGUCACAAAGCAAAUCAGGACAGACUGUUGCAAACUGCCUAAGAUAGAGAAAUAUGUUAUAUCACUGAUGUUAGUAACUUACCCUUUAAUGGCACCUGAUGCCCAGUGGCUAUAAACAUGGUUAUCUGAGUCGUCUGGUCUGGCCUUGGUAUCUGUGUACACAUUUUGUAAAUAUGUUCCAUUUUUAAAUGCAAAAUUUGUAUCUAGUUUGUAAAAUAAGGAUUUUUCCCAUAGCAAAUGACCUUUGGGAGACAAGAUUUAUUUACUAUAAUCUCUCACAUGCCAUAACAGCACACAUGUAUAUGUACAGGAUCCAAAUACAGAAACUACACUUUAUUGUGUUAGAAAAAAUACCAAAUCUCUUAUCUUGGCUCUCCCUUCAAUAUGAUUAGGCCACACAUACCCGCUAAUGGCCCCAAAUUUGGCACAAAUCUCAGAUCUACUCAGGGCCAUGCCCAAUGCAUGAUAAUCCUACUCUACCCCCUGGGGUACCUGGGCUACCCCAGGAGAAACUAGACACUUGGCAGGUAGGGGUACAUUGUAUGUCUUUAAAUAAAAGAUUGUUUUUAGGAAAUAUUUUGUAAAUCUGAAAAUUCUAUUUUAAUGAAUCUGUAAAACUAAACAUUUUGUCACAUGUGGUCUAUAUGCUAUUUACUAAAAUAAAAAACAAAAAAUCUCCUUGAAUUUUAAAACCUG